AUGGAUCCUGAAUCAGCGAACGCUUAUCAGCUAAACACUACUUUUGUCAUCGAGGUGCUGCACGCCAUUUACGAAUUUUAUCUCUUCAAAAACGUUGUACUCUAUAUAAGUGAGGACUACGAACGAACUGAGAGCGCCGCUAAUUUUUUCAACGAAUACUUCGUGACAUUUCCCUUGGUGCCGAGCAUUAUUUUGAUUAGCGGCGAACAUUUGGAUCCAAACGAUUAUCGCAUGAAUAUGCUGCUCAGUAAGCCCGCGCUGAGUAUGGUUUUCACCACCGGUCCAAAUGAUACAGUGAUGUCGCUGGCAGCGGAGAGCCUGAAACACUUGCAUGUACUGAAAACUAUAUUCAUACUCACAACAAACACGGAAGAAGCGAACGCUUACUGGGACAAUGGUAGUGCAGAGUGCGAUAUAUCAACGCUCAUAAACGAAACAUAUGCGUGGAUUUGGGCUGAAGAGUUUCUCAAUACUAUACUGUUAACUGCACAAGAUAAUGUCUUUAUACUUGAUCCAUAUCCCGAGUUGCAAGUGAUUAAUAAGACCGGUAAUUGGCAGGUAAAGGACUUCUUCAUCGAUUACUAUGACGAUCUCAAAGGCUAUGUCCUCAACACCGUUAUACGUUAUGAUUUACCACGUGUUUUUAAUCAUCGUCAUGUCAACAAUCGCCUACAACUUAGCGGCACAUCGGGUAAACUCUUCACUACUUUUAUGAAGUCCAUAAAUGCGACUAUAGGAGAUUUCGAUAUGGCGAACUCGCCGUAUGAGCCCGCCGUCAUGGGUGAGGUCAUUGAAUUGGUCGCAAAUCGUACCAUCGAACUGAGUCCACACUCGCUCACGGCACUCUUCGCAAUCGAUAAUAUCGGCACCAGCUAUCCGAUUGGCAUUAAUGACUGGUGUAUUAUGGUGCCGUUUUAUAAUAGCUCACCGGAGCACCUCUAUUUGUUACACAGUUUUCAAAAUUCAACUUGGCUUCUUGUACUAUUUGCACUCAUCUACAUAUCGAUCGCACUCUGGCUGUGCACACCACAACGUCCGCGAGAAUAUAGCACAGCUUUGCUUCAGGCGCUCUGUUCUAUGCUCAGCAUAGCGCCGACUACAUUCUUCAAUACGCACAAUCUACGCCUGUCCUUCUUAUUCUUUUACCUCUUCGUACUAGGAUUUAUCACUUCAAAUUGGUACACAACAAAAAUCGCCAGCUAUUUGAUUACCUCAUUGCCCUCGGCGCAACUCCACACCGUCGACGAUGUGGUGCGUGCUCAAUUGCGCAUUAAAGUGUUCGACUAUGAAUAUAAACGUCUCGAAACCAUGCCCGAGCAGUAUCCACAACGUUUUCUCGCACAAGUCGAUAUUGUCGAUAAGCAAUUCAUGGAUCAACAUCGCGAGACAAUGAACACAAGUUAUGGUUACAGCAUACAAACGGAUCGUUGGGAGUUUCUCAAUAUGCAACAGCAAUUUCUGCAAAAACCACUCUUUCGUCUAUCCGAAAUUUGUAUGGGUCCAUUUCAUCACGUAUUUCCCAUGUCCCACGAUUCACAUCUGCAGAUCCCUCUCAAGUUCUUCAUAAUGCAUGCAACGCAGUCGGGACUCCUAACGUAUUGGCAGAAAUCAGCCUUCACGGAUGCUUUAAGUUUGAGAUUGGUGAAAAUCAUGUUGAUACACGAAGACCCACGUCCGUUGUCUAUGAGUUUUCUACGUCCGAUUUGGUGUGUGUGGGUUUUGGGUCUAAUAUUGGCAUUCAUUAUAUUUGUCUGUGAAUUGAAGAAUCGAUUUUUGGUGAGACUCAAGCGAAAGUUGCUGUUGGAAUUGGGCUUAUAG